AAGUGACGCGGCGGCUCACUCGUGGCAACAAUCAGCAGGAGCAGGAGACCGCAAGGAUAGGCCCAGAAAAACAACCAGGAAAAAAAAAAUCUCAUCAUGGCAAAUAUUCACCAGGAAAACGAAGAAAUGGAGCAGCCCGUGCAGAACGGAGAGGAAGACCGCCCUUUGGGAGGGGUCGAAGGCCACCAGCCAGCAGCAAAUAAUAGACGGGGACAAGCUCGCCGACUUGCCCCUAAUUUCCGAUGGGCCAUACCCAAUAGGCAGAUCAAUGAUGGGAUGGGUGGAGAUGGAGAUGAUAUGGAAAUGUUCAUGGAGGAGAUGAGAGAAAUCAGGAGAAAACUUAGGGAGCUGCAGUUGAGGAAUUGUCUGCGUAUCCUUAUGGGGGAGCUCUCUAAUCACCAUGACCAUCAUGAUGAAUUUUGCCUUAUGCCUUGACUCCGGCCAUUUUCCAUGAGGUUAAUACUGUGAUUCCCACUGUUGUUCUCUUUUUCCUUACAUUUUCCUGAUAUGCCUUUACUGAUCCAUUUGCUGUGAACCUUAUGUAAUUUCCAUGUGUCAGGUGGGUUCUGUGUUACCAGCUUCUAAUUGGAGAUUGCCUUGGCACCCAAAGUUUCUGUCAACAGUAGAGUUUCACCCAUUUGCAUGGAAAAAUGUAAAGUCAAUAAAGCAAUUAAAAAGCAA